AGCUCCUGAGCGAUGCCCGAGCUUUGCCGAGCGGCGCCCGAGCGCUACCGAGCGCCGGCCGAAAGUUGCCGAGCGACUCCCGAGCGUUGCCGAAGAGUUUCCGAGGGCUGCCGAGCACGCUCGGGCCGCGCUGAGCAGGCCGGGAGAGCCGCUGAGGGGAAGCUGGGCUCGGUGUGAAGCGGGGCUGUCUAAGCCAUGAUCGAGGUGUUGGCCAAGCUGGGCCGUGGGCCUGUCUUUCUGGCAGGGGAAGUGCUGGAGUGUGUGAUCACCUUCACCAACCCCCUAUCAGCAUCAUCUACCUCCGCCAGCAGUGAGAUGCUGGCGUGGGCCAGUGCCCAGAUCCACUGCCAGUUUCACACCAGCGAGAACCGGGUAGCGCUACCUCCUUCUGAUGGCAGCAAGCACGACGUGCAGGCAGAGAAUGAGACAGUCUUCGUCCCCAACAGAGGAGAGCGGGGUCAGUGUAUCCUGUCCACUCCACCAAAGAUUCUCUUCUGUGACUUGCGACUGGAUCCCGGAGAGUCAAAGUCCUAUUCGUACUGUGAGACACUGCCCAUAGACGGCCCUCCCUCUUUCCGGGGACAGUCGGUAAAAUAUGUGUACAAGCUGACCAUUGGCUGCCAGCGUGUCAACUCCCCCAUCAAGCUCCUGCGCGUACCCUUCCGUGUCCUUGUGCUGCAUGGGCUCAAGGACUACCAGUUCCCACAGGAUGAGGCCGUUGCGCCCUCAAACCCCUUCCUGGAGGAGGAGGAGGGCUUGAAGAAAGACUCACGGCUGGCAGACCUGGCAACAGAACUGCUCAUGGUGGCCACGUCCCGACGCAGCUUGCACUUGUAUAACAUCAGCAACACUCGUGGGAAGGUGGGGACAUUCUGCAUCUUUAAAACUGUGUAUAAGAUAGGAGAGGAUGUCAUUGGGACCUUUAACUUCUCAGAAGGAGACAUCCCAUGUCUGCAGUUCUCAGUGAGCCUGCAGACAGAGGAGAGCAUCCAGGAGGAGUUCCAGCGCCGGCGAGGGCAGCCCGGCUCCUUCAGCACGCACGCCCGCCAUCAGGAGGCCUGCCUGCACACAGCCCAGAGCAGCUUCAGCCUACCCAUCCCGCUCAGCUCUACCCCGGGAUUCACCACCAACAUCGUGUCCCUGAAGUGGAGGCUGCACUUUGAGUUUGUGACCUCUGGGGAGUCAGCGGGGACUUGCUUGGUUCGUGGGAACCAGUCGGAGGCCGUCACCUGGACUGGGAUGGAGCAGAUUGAAGUGGACACCUUCAGCUGGGACUUGCCCAUCAAAGUCCUUCCCACCAACCCCAUCCUGGCUUCCUAUGUAUCUCAGUUCUCCAGCACCAACUCCAUCACCAUCUGAAGUGGAGAGAGCUGGUAGGGACCUGUGGUGCUGCAGGCGUAUGCCACCGGUGGUAAUGGUGGCCAGGACUCACUGGCAUGACCCCAGUGGCCCACUGGCCCACACCCCAGUGUCCCCUUGGGUUCCUCUGUGAUGCCCAGGUGGGCACUGGGCAAGUCUCCACCUGUGGGUGGAGGAGCACCGUGCUUGCUGCCGUGUCUUGUGCUGCAGCCCUCGGCUGGGAGCCGGACCCUUCCUGCCUGCGUGAGGGUGCGAGUCCCAGCACUCAGUGAAAAUAAACCUGCCUCACAGGGAAUGGCUUAAUGUGCCUUUACCGCAUGAGGGACUUCCAAGAAGGAAAGGCCCAGCCCAGGGAAAGGGGAGGGGAACCCAUCAGAGAAGACCUGUACCACCCUUGGGUGAAGGCUGUGCCCCUACAGAGACACCCACGAGCAGAGGAGGCCUGGCCUCUAGGUGAAGCAUGCUGCACACCUGGUCUGGGUUGGAGCCUGCUCUCCUGCCCUGGCAGAUGUCCUGCCUCCUCUGGGGCGUGUCCCAUGUGUGAAGCCCAGCGCCCCCACUACCCUCACCAGGAGGAGGCAGGUCCUGGCAGGCCAGCCCUGCGCUGCCGGGAUGUGCUGGUGUCGUGGAUGCAGACGCAUGCUGUGGCAGCAUGAUAGUGACGAUCCAAAACUGAGAGGAAAUGAGCGCCUGGGCUGUUCUUUGCCUGCGCUCCUGGACGUGAAGGCAUCCUGCUGGUCUCGGGAUCCUUCAGGAGGUGGAGUGAAUGCGUGCUGUGCAUUCAGGAGCUGGGGGUGGAGGUUUCCCUGCUCAACAGCCAGCUCCCAAUUUCUACCAAACCUUUCAAAGAGUUUUCCUCUUUGCAUGGAAAUCUAAUAAACAUUUGAAUUG